GCGGCAAGCUACCAACCAAGAUUUACCGACCCAAAAACCAAAUACAAAAAUCCCAUUUUGCUGUCAGACACCAAACAUUCAGUAAAGAAAGGGAGAAAUUGUUGAAAAUCAAUGGCGUCGUCUAAGCUCCAAGCUCUAUGGAACCACCCUGCCGGACCCAAGACCAUUCACUUUUGGGCCCCAACUUUUAAAUGGGGCAUUAGCAUAGCCAACGUUGCAGACUUCACUAAGCCGCCAGAAAAACUUUCCUACCCUCAGCAAAUAGCGGUUACUUGCACUGGAGUUAUCUGGUCACGCUAUAGCACUGUAAUAACUCCAAAAAACUGGAACCUCUUCAGUGUAAACAUUGUUAUGGCUGGAACAGGGUUAUAUCAGCUAGCACGAAAAAUACAGCAUGAUUUCUUUUCAGAGGCAGAGAUAGAGCCGGCUAUUGCAAAAGAAUGAUUGACCGUAUCUGCCAAAACCCUUUGUUUUCUUGGGCAAAUAUCAGCCAUCUUGCCUUAUUGUUUUUACAAUUGAUUUAAGCAUUGAGCAAGAAUUUAUUCAAGAAUGACCUGUUGGGGAAAUUUGUUUUGGUCUGUGCCACCAACAGAUAUUGAGCAAUUGAAUUCUAAACGAUGGGACUAUUUUGAAAA